AUUUGCCAUUUCUAUGAUGUGCUGCAAACCUCCCUUGGAACAAUUAAAACAAAAGGCAGAGUGUCUGCCCGUUACUCGAUAUGGUAAUGUUACCAUGUGAUCCGUUCUUUCUGGACAUGAAUGAAUUUUGACUCCGAGCCAUUCCAGCUGGAGACUCCAUGUCGGGUUUUGAGAGGCUCUCUCAGCACAGACAGCUCCUGCAGACGGCAGCCUGCGUCGGGCUACACUGGCACUGUUUACUGGAACCCAGCUCCGCGCUGUUUCAACCAAGUGUCUGAGCGCCGUGAGCGGGAUCUUUCACAUAGUCCAACCGGGGGAGAAGAACCAUCUCAGGCGCUUUCGAGUCCUUUUUUCCCCUUUUCACCAUUCAGCGGAAACCGGAGAAGAGGCUCUUCGUCUUGCGUCUUUUUAAGCGGGACAAAGAUUUUUGGUGUGCCGCACAAGAACCACAACGCAUAGUCUCCAACGAACCGAGCUUCUCGUUUCUCUUCUUUAUUAUUGAACCCCCCCUCCUCCACCCCCACUCCCCCCAACCCCCCACCAAAAAGACGAGAGAGAGAGAGAGAGAGUAACAAAACGCUUAAACUGAAGUGUUUGACGAGUUGAGGACUGUGAGCACAUGCAACACCUUGCCAUGGAAGUGUGUGUCCGGUGCAGGGGAAUGUAUCGGCUGAGAGGGGAACCUGCCAACUGAUAAAGAGCCGAGCUGUCCCAGAUAAGGGGAGCAUGCAUCAAACCUGCAGAAUCUCUCUCUCCACCGCCCGCUGUCCUCCUCCGAGCUGCAGAACAGUCCCCGUCAGACUGUCUUUCAAACUACCUGCCAUCUCCCCGUUUUGAUUUCCUCCUCCGCCACUGACUUCUUCUUCAUUUUGAAACGGCCGUGUCUUGGGUUUGACUUUUCCUGACCAAAAAGCUGAGGAGACGAACGAUGACCAUCUUCCAGACCUGUUGCCUCGGACUUUUCUAGCCAACCGUCUGCCAUCACCCCCUCCGCCCCACCCUACCCAGCCCAGCCCCACCCCACCCAACUGCCAGAGACCAUCCACACUCCGUGAACCAUGAUGGCCUGUUCCCUGUGGAAACUCCUCACCAUCUGCUUGUGUACCAUCACGUUGGCUCAAAUACAUUCCACCGAGGGGUUCAGCCGUGCGGCCCUGCCUUUUGGCCUGGUUCGGAGGGAGCUGUCGUGUGAGGGCUACCCCAUCGACCUGCGCUGUCCGGGGAGCGACGUCAUCAUGAUCGAGAGCGCCAACUACGGCCGGACGGACGACAAGAUCUGCGAUGCCGACCCCUUCCAGAUGGAGAACGUCAACUGCUACCUGCCCGACGCCUACAAGAUCAUGACACAAAGGUGCAACAACAGAACCCAGUGCAUCGUGAUCACGGGUUCUGAUGUGUUCCCCGACCCCUGCCCAGGGACCUAUAAGUACCUAGAGGUCCAGUAUGAGUGUGUGCCCUACAAAGUGGAACAAAAAGUAUUUGUUUGUCCCGGGACGCUGAAAGCGGGUGGGAGACACGUCCUUUCUGUACGAAGCAGAGCCAGCAGGGCCGGAGCCUGGUGCAAAGACCCACUGCAGGCCGGCGACAAGAUCUACUUCAUGCCCUGGACGCCGUACCGCACGGACACCCUCAUCGAGUACUCCUCCCUGGACGACUUCCAGAACUCGCGGCAGACGGUCACCUACAAGCUGCCUCACCGCGUGGACGGCACGGGCUUCGUGGUGUACGACGGCGCCGUGUUCUUCAACAAGGAGCGCACGCGCAACAUCGUCAAGUUCGACUGCGCACAGCGCAUCAAGAGCGGCGAGGCCAUCAUCAACAACGCCAACUACCACGACACCUCGCCGUACAAGUGGGGCGGCAAGACGGACAUCGACCUGGCGGUGGACGAGAACGGCCUGUGGGUCAUCUACGCCACCGAGCAGAACAACGGCAUGAUGGUGCUCAGCCAGCUCAACCCGUACACGCUGCGCUUCGAGGCCACGUGGGAGACGGCGUACGACAAGCGCUCGGCCUCCAACGCCUUCAUGGUGUGCGGCGUGCUGUACGUGGUGCGCUCCACCUACGAGGACAACGAGAGCGAGGUGAGCAAGAGCCUGAUCGACUACGUUUACAACACCAAGCAGAAGCACGGGGAGUAUGUGGAUAUCCACUUCCCCAACCAGUACCAGUAUAUCGCCGCUGUGGAAUACAACCCCAGAGACAACCAGCUCUAUGUGUGGAAUAAUUUUUACAUCCUGAGGUACAAUCUGGAGUUUGGGCCGCCCGAUCCCGCGCACGCUCCGCCCCAAUCAGACAUCACCAUGGCGCCAGCAGCGGCGCUGAGGACUACCACCAGCUCCGCGACGACCGCGGUGCACCGGGGCGGCGGCGGCGGCAACAACAACAACCACACGGGCGGCGGCGGCGGCAACAGCGGCGGGGGCGGCAGCGGCGGUACCGCCAGCGCCUCCACCACGGCCCCGCCCCCCGGGAGGCCGGCAGGGGAGCGGCGGCCAAGCCCCCCUCCUGCCUCCUCCCCCGCCUCCUGCCGCCGCCGCGCCCGCCGCGCCCCGCCCACCCCCUCCCCCCGCCCCGGAGUCCUACCCCUCCUGGAGCGCUUCUGCGACGCCCGGGAGCGGCGGGAGAUCGUGUGGCCCCAGACCCAGAGGGGCAUGGCGGUGGAGAGGCCCUGCCCCAAGGGGACCCGAGGCACAGCCUCCUAUUUAUGCGUGCUGUCCACUGGGGCCUGGCACCCAAAGGGCCCCGACCUCAGCAACUGCACCUCCCACUGGGUCAACCAAGUCGCCCAGAAGAUCCGCAGCGGGGAGAACGCGGCAAACCUGGCCAACGAGCUGGCCAAGCACACCAAGGGCCCCAUCUACGCGGGGGACGUGAGCUCCUCCGUCCGGCUGAUGGAGCAGCUGGUGGACAUCCUGGACGCUCAGCUGCAGGAGCUGCUGCGCGAGAAGGACUCGGCUGGCCGGAGCUUCAACAAGCUUCAAAAACGAGAAAGGACAUGCAGGGCAUACAUGAAGGCGAUAGUAGACACGGUGGAUAACCUUCUACGUCCUGAAGCUCUGAAGUCCUGGCACGACAUGAACAGCACGGAGCAGACUCACGCGGCCACCAUGCUACUGGAUACCUUGGAGGAAGGGGCAUUUGUCCUCGCGGACAAUCUAAUGGAGCCCGCCUUCGUCAAAGUACCGGCCGACAAUAUAAUCCUUGAUGUCUAUGUGCUCAGCACUGACGGGCAGGUGCAGGACUUUAAGUUUCCACAGUUCAGCAAGGAGGGCAUCUCCAUCCAGCUGUCGGCCAACACUGUGAAGCUGAACAGCCGCAAUGGCCUUGCCAAGCUGGUGUUUGUGCUUUACAAGAACCUGGGCCAGUUCCUCAGCACCGAGAACGCCACCAUCAAGAUGGCCAACGACGCGUACGGGCGCAACGCGUCGGUGCGCGUGAACUCGGACAUCAUCGCCGCCUCGAUCAACAAGGAGUCCAGCCGCGUGUUCAUUAACGACCCGGUGAUUUUCACCCUGGAGCACAUUGACGUGGACCGCUACUUCAACUCCAACUGCUCCUUCUGGAACUAUUCAGAGAGGAGCAUGAUGGGAUACUGGUCCACACAAGGCUGUAAGCUGGUGGACUCCAACAGAACACACACCAUCUGCUCCUGCAGCCAUCUCACCAACUUCGCCAUCCUCAUGGCCCACCGGGAAAUCUCAGUUAACGACGGGGUGCACGAGAUGCUGCUGACCGUGAUCACGCGGGUGGGCAUUGUGGUGUCGCUGGUGUGCCUCACCAUCAGCAUCUUCACCUUCUGCUUCUUCCGCGGCCUGCAGAGCGACCGCAACACCAUACACAAGAACCUCUGCAUCAACCUCUUCAUCGCCGAGCUCAUCUUCCUCAUCGGCAUCGACAUGACCGAGCCCAGGAUCGGGUGCUCCAUCAUCGCGGGCAUCCUCCACUUCUUCUUCCUGGCCUCCUUCUCCUGGAUGUGUCUGGAGGGCGUCCAGCUCUACCUGAUGCUGGUGGAGGUGUUCGAGAGCGAGUACUCCCGCAAGAAGUACUACUACGUCUCGGGCUACCUUCUCCCCGCCAUCGUGGUGGGCGUGGCCGCGGCCAUCGACUACAGGAGCUACGGCACCAAGAAAGCGUGCUGGCUGAGAGUGGACAAUUACUUCAUAUGGAGUUUUAUAGGACCUGUAACCUGCAUAAUUAUGCUUAAUCUCAUCUUCCUGGUCAUCACAAUGUACAAGAUGGUGAAGCACUCCACUACCCUGAAACCUGACUCCAGCCGCCUGGAAAAUAUAAAGUAAGAAAGUGUCGUGGUGAUGGGGGCCUUCGUGCUGCUCUUCCUGCUGGGCCUGACCUGGUCCUUCGGGCUGUUCUUCCUCAACGAGUCGUCGGUGGUCAUGGCCUACCUCUUCACCAUCUUCAACACGCUGCAGGGCAUGUUCAUCUUCAUCUUCCACUGCCUGCUGCAGAAAAAGGUUCGCAAAGAGUACGGCAAGUGUUUCCGUCAGACGUACUGCUGCGGCGGCCUGCCCACCGAGAGCUCCCACAGCUCUGCCAAAACCUCCACCACCCGGACCAGCGCCCGCUACUCCUCCGAACCCAGUCGUAUCAGGAGAAUGUGGAAUGACACCGUAAGAAAGCAAUCCGAGUCCUCCUUUAUCUCAGGUGACAUCAACAGCACCUCUACCCUUAACCAAGGAAUGACGGGAAAUUACCUACUAACAAAUCCUCUUCUUCGACCGCAAGGCACUAACAACCCCUAUAACACCUUACUGGCUGAGACUGUCGUAUGUAACAGCCCCACAGCCCCAGUGUUUAACUCGCCAGUGACCUACAGAGAGACAAGGCACUCAAUGAACAAUGUGGUGAGGGAUACAAGUGCAAUGGAUACACUACCGCUAAAUGGUAACUUUAACAAUAGCUACUCUCUGCGCAACGGGGACUUUGGGGAUUCGGUGCAGGUGGUGGACUGUGGCCUGAGUCUGGACGACGCGGCCUUCGAGAAGAUGAUCAUCUCCGAGCUGGUGCACAACAACCUCCGUGCCUGUAACAAGAGCCAGCCGCCGCCGCCCCCCCCAGCGACGCUGCAGCAACACCCGCACCCGCCCCCGCCGCACCAACCGCCCCCGCAGCACAAGCAACCGCCGCUCCCGCACCACCCGCACCCGCAGCACCACCCGCACCCGCCGCCGCCGCCCCAGCAGCCCCAGCUCCCCCCGCAGCUGCAGCUGCACCACCCCCACCACCACCCCCACCACCACCAACACCACCACCACCACCCGCACCACCACCAGACCCUCCACCUGCAGCCCCGCCAGCCGCCGGGGGGGCCGCAGCCGCAGCAGCAGCACCCCCACCACCAGACGCUGCACCCCCACCCCCACCGGUACCACCACACGGAGCGGGCUCCGCCCAAGGUGACCGUGGUGGGCGUCGGCGGCGGCAGUAGCAGCGAGGACGACGCCAUGGGGGUGGAGCCGGCCGCGUCUCUGGUGCAGGUGGGCGACGGGCCGGCCGCCCCGGCGCUGGCGCCCGCCGCCAACCCCACCCCCACCCCCGCCGGGGCGGGGGUGGGGGUGGGGUUGGGGGUGGGGGCCCUGGAGCUGCACCCCCAGCAGCGGGUGCUGGAGGCCCCGCUCAUCCCCCAGCGGACUCACUCGCUCCUCUACGUGCCCAAGAAGCUGGUGAGGACCGACGGCGGCGUGGAGACCUUUGGCGGCCCGCACGCGGACCCCGCCGCCGCCGCCGACAAUCCUGCUCCUCAUCCCUACGACGACGGCGGCGGCGGCGGUGGCGGUGGCGGGGGGAGCCCCCUGCAGUCCCCCAGCCGAGACCAUGACUCUUUGUACGCGAGCGCGCCCCGGCUGAAGGACGAGGACUCACCGUGCCCCGAGAGCUGCAGCAGCCCGGACGCCCCGCCCUCGGCGGAGGACCUGUCCCCGUCCAAGGGCAGCGAGAACGAGGACGUUUACUACAAGAGCAUGCCCAACCUGGGGGCCGGCCAGCAGCAGCUCCAGGCCUACUACCAGAUCAGCCGGGUGGGCAGCGACGGCUACAUCAUCCCCAUCACCACCCCCACCAAGGAGGGCUGCGUUCCCGAGGGAGACGUGCGGGAAGGACAGAUGCAGCUAGUGACGAGCCUUUAAAUGUAUUUCAAUCAUCCCCCCCCCCCCCCCCCCCCCCCCCCCCACCAUCACCAACCCUGCCCCAACCCUCUCCUUCCCCCCCUGGGCUACCCCUCUCCUGAACCUUUCAGAUAUUUGGAUUUUCUUGACCUUGCGGAAGGGAGACGGCACACAGACACAGACAGACACACACACACACACACACACACACACACACACACACACACACACACACACACAAUGUCUGACAGCUAGGAAAGUGUUGCGUUUUUUUAUUGUUUUUCAAAGAAGACCUAGAGACCCUACCAUGCACAAAAGCCAACCAAAUCUGCACCCUACCGCCCCACGCCCCCACCCAGCACCCAUGCAUACCACCCUUACCUUCCCUCUAGACCAAUAGACUUGAUUUACAGAGAUGGCAGUGCAAAGAACUGUACAUACAAUGCAGAAGUCAAAAUUUCAAUUUUAAAAGACAAGCCAACGAUGUAUUUAAAUGUGCUGCUGCUGUAGAAUUACUGAGAAAACAAUUAAAACGUAAAACAAAAAAAAUAAAAACAAAAUAAUAAUACUGGAUCCAUCAGAUCAGCAGGUUUACCGGUCAAAAGAUUGUACAUACACUCCACGACAUUCUCGUUGAAGCCUGUUUUGUAUUAUAUACAAAAUGACACUCUCUCGGAGCGGGAUACGGACUAUAUGGUUGUAAUGUUUCAGAUGAGACUGUAAUAUUAGGAAUAUUAGAUGCUGGUCCCUCCUGAGUCGCACCGGUCACCAUGAAGUUUGGAUUGUAUUACCACUAGCAAUCCAGCCCCUGGCCUUAUAUUUUCUCAAAUGUACAUUGAACUGUUGUCAAGGAAAAUGGCUGAAAUAUAUAUUUUGUUGUAUUGCUAGUGUAAGAUAAAAAAAAAUCAUCAAAAAUAAAUGGAUGGGACGCCGUGAAUAUGAAGAAAUCUUUGGAAAGUUUUAACAUUUGAGAGACUAUUGUGUAAAAGUUGCACAUCAAGUAUGUUAUGCGAUAUUUUAUGAAUCCAACAUGUCAUUCAUAAUAGGACGUUUGAGCAUUUAAAAGGCUGAUAGAAACUAAAGGAUUCAACCAUAUACAAGAUGCAUAUUCACUUUUUCCCCUUGUGAACAGUGUUUUUGCUUAAUGAACUCCAUAGAUAUUGCCCAUUGAAAUGCAUUUAUUUAAUAUCGCCAUUCAAAGCGACAUUAUUUUAGUACAAUGGGAUUAUAAAAAUGCCCCUUUAAAGACGUUUAUGCUUUGCACAAUUUUGUGCGAAUCUGUAUGAAAUAUAUCUUUUCAGCAUCCAUUGCAGAGUAGUGAGCAAGCGCCACUUUUUGAGGAUAGUUUCUAUACAUAGUUCUUCCGCCUGGGUUUGGACAUUUAUUUAUUAAAAGAAUCCAAAAAAUCAAUGGGAAAUAGUUGAACAUUUUCCAGCACUGGUAUAAAUGCUGUACUGUAGCUCAUUCUUUUUUCGUAAACAUGUUAUUAAGGGGCCCAUCACUAAAGACUGAUGUAAAGUUCAACACUUGUUUAAAAAAAUAAAUAAAUGUGAGAUUUUUUGUCAAAUGCCAGUUGUUUUUUUAUGGUUCGUGUUUUGGUACAAUCUUACAAAAAGAAGACGAAGAAGAAAAAGGUUUAAAUGCUUUGCUUUGAACAAGUGACACUUUUGACUCAGGUUUUAGCAUAGAUCCCAAUUGAUUCCCUUGAAGGGAAAAAAGUGUGACAUUUAUUUCAAAUAUAGUACAUUUAUCUUGAGCCUGUUUUUUUCUUUUGCUUAAAUCAAUGAGGAAUAAACAAGGAUCGUUUAUACCGUAUGUCUUGUUAGGGGAGGCCACAUCUGACCAUGUGACCCCAAAGAUCAGAAACUCAGGUAGGACAAGUUACAUUGUAAAUGUUCCUAUGUGUGGUUGUUACAACACUCCAAUAAAGGUAUCAAAAUGA